CCCCUGCGGCGCGCAUGGAGAUGCGGAUAAGAACUCUAACAUGGAGGUCGGGUGCCCGGGGCCAGGCCCAGACCUGCCAACGCCGAGCUAAUAAUUGUCUCUCGCCUCCACAUUUUUCCAAGAUGAUGAUUUUCUUGGCCGAGACCUUCUGCCGUUUUCUAAAACGACACGACUCGCCAUUAUUGGACAGUAAACAAGGGGCAACCAACGAUGAAGAAGCUGCAGCGUUUCUUGCAGUCGCUCGGCACGCCGAUGCAGGAUGCUGAAGAAGAGACAUUCGAGUUGUUUUCACAGGACCUGCCCUCACAGAACCUCGGUUUCAUCGAUUCGAGAGCCACAACGGUAGAGCUCAGCGUCGCAGGACGAGACCUGGUCAUCACCCAGUCUCCGGGCGUCCUCUCGUCCAACCGCGCCGGCGGCACAACAGGAGCCGUCAUCUGGAAAAUAACCCCCCUCUUCGCCACCUGGCUCGCCUCCCCGCACAACCCCCUCUGGACCCACGACCUCCUAACCCCCUCAUCACGCAUCCUCGAACUAGGGUGCGGCAUAUCCGGUCUCGUCGCCCUGCUCCUAGGCCCGCGCGUCGCCCGCUACGUGCUGACCGACCAGCCCUACGUCGCCAAGCUGGUCGAGCAGAACGUCGCCGCCAACUGGCGCGCCGCCGCCGCCGCCGCCUCCUCCCAGCAGUCAACCUCCCAACAGUCAACCUCCCCCUCCUUCCCCCCCUCAGCCUCGGGGUCCGGGACUACGUCCGGGUCCAAAACCGCCCGCCGCUCCCGCCCGACCUCCAAAUCCCACCGCGCCUCCCCGCCACACACCUCCCGACGGGGCUCCCCAGCCGGAACGGCAGGCAACAUCUCCCGGGCGCGGGAAGCGGGGGUUUUGUUCAGGCCACUAGACUGGGAGACCGACGCGGUGACGGCGGCGCUGGCGGGUGCUGCUGCCGCCGAAACGGGGGAGAGGGAGGGGGAAGGGGCGCGGCGAGGGGGGUUUGAGGUGGUGGUGGCGUGCGACUGCAUCUACAACGAGGCGCUGGUCGAGCCGUUCGUGGCGACCUGCGUGGACCUGUGCAAGCUCCGGCGGGUGGGGGCGGAGGAGGCUGCUGCGGAGGGGGGACCGGAGGGGGAGGAGGCGUGCGUGUGCGUGGUUGGGCAGCAGCUGCGGGAUCCGCUCGUGUUCGAGGCGUGGGCGGUCAGGUUUGCCAGGUCGUUCCAUACGUGGCGCGUGCCGGAUGAGAUGCUGGUGGAGGGGCUCAGGGCGAACACGGGGUUUGUGGUGCAUGUUGGGGUGUUGAGGGAUGAUAUUAGUCUAGAGGCGAUAUGAGUCGCCGUUGUGGAGUAGGCGUAUAUAUCAUGAGAAAGGUA